AUAUAAAUACAUGCCGGUGACGACAAUUCUCAUUCUCAGUGUCGAAAAUGUUCAGUAUGUAUCGUGUGGUAUUUUCCAGCUUUUUAUUUGUAGCAGUUUCGGCUACGUUGACCAAGGAAGACUGCAGAAAUUAUCUCAACAGUGACUAUCUUCUCUUUUGUUGCAAGAAUGAGUUUCCGUCAGUCAGAAUCCCGAUGCUGGAUGACGUGUCUGAAUGCGAACAUUUGGACCCUGCUUCGUGUGAGCGUAGCUUAUGUAUAGCUAAGAAAUUAGGUGUAGCUACCGCAGACGAUAGAAUAGACAAAGCUAAAGCAGUUGAGCUUUUGUAUGCAAAACUUACAAAUGAACCGAGUUUAAUGGAAGAUGUGCAAUCUAAAUGUAUUGAUGGUGACGUCGAGUCUUACGCUCCUGCGGAAGCUUGUGAGUCUGUGAAGUUGACUCGCUGCGUUUCCAUGCAAUGGUUGAAACGUUGUACUGAUUGGGACGAUGACUCGGAAUGCCAGAAAUUUAAAGAUGGAGUCCAAGAGUGUGCGACAUUACUGGAAUAAGUUUACCGACGAUGAAAAAGGCCUGUAUAAAAUAUAAUAAAGUGGAGCAUU